UCCAGUCCUUUGUGUCGGUGGCAGAGGGCUAAAGGGUGCCUUCGCCCUCCCGCCAGGCAGGUGUCAGCAUGGACCACGCUGCGAAGAGAAGCCAACGCUAGCGAGGGAGGUGUGAAGAGUUGGCCAGGAUGACCAACUCCUCGUCCACGUCCACCUCCUCCACCACUGGGGGGUCGCUGCUGCUGCUCUGUGAGGAAGAGGAGUCGUGGGCGGGCCGGCGCAUCCCAGUGUCGCUCCUGUAUUCCGGGUUGGCCAUCGGGGGCACGUUGGCCAACGGCAUGGUCAUCUAUCUCGUGUCGUCCUUUCGAAAGCUGCAGACCACUAGCAACGCCUUCAUCGUCAACGGUUGCGCCGCCGACCUCAGCGUCUGUGCUCUCUGGAUGCCGCAGGAGGCGGUGCUGGGGCUCCUGCCGGCCGGUUCUGCCGAGCCCCCCGCGGACUGGGACGGCGCUGGGGGCAGCUACCGCCUGCUGCGGGGAGGGCUGCUGGGCCUCGGGCUCACUGUGUCCCUCCUGUCCCACUGCCUUGUGGCCCUGAACCGCUACCUGCUCAUCACCCGGACGCCCGCCACCUACCAGGUGCUGUACCAGCGGCGUCACACGGCGGGGAUGCUGGCGCUGUCGUGGGCGCUCGCCCUGGGCCUCGUGCUGCUGUUGCCACCCUGGGCACCGCGGCCCGGCGCCGCGCCCCCGCGCGUCCACUACCCGGCGCUGCUGGCCGCCGCGGCGCUGCUGGCACAGACGGCGCUGCUGCUGCACUGCUACCUGGGCAUCGUGCGCCGCGUGCGCGUCAGCGUCAAGCGGGUCAGCGUGCUCAACUUCCACCUGCUGCACCAGCUGCCCGGCUGCGCCGCCGCCGCCGCUGCCUUCCCUGCAGCCCCGCACGCACCGGGCCCCGGCGGCGCCGCGCACCCAGCCCCAACCCAGCCCCUGCCGCCCGCGCUGCAGCCGCGACGGGCGCAGCGGCGUCUCAGCGGCCUGUCCGUGCUGCUGCUCUGCUGCGUCUUCCUGCUGGCCACGCAGCCGCUGGUGUGGGUGAGCCUGGCCAGCGGCUUCUCGCUGCCUGUGCCCUGGGGCGUGCAGGCGGCCAGCUGGCUGCUGUGUUGCGCCCUGUCCGCGCUCAACCCGUUGCUCUACACGUGGAGGAACGAGGAGUUCCGGCGCUCAGUGCGUUCCGUCCUGCCCGGCGUCGGCGACGCGGCGGCCGCCGCUGUAGCCGCCACGGCCGUGCCCGCUGUGUCCCAGGCGCAGCUGGGCACCCGCGCUGCGGGCCAGCACUGGUGACCCCGCCCGGGAGCGCGGGCAGCGGAGAUUGCCGCCUUCCGACGUCUUUGGCCACCAACGCCAAAGAUUCUCCCGUGGCGAUGUAUCCCCUGCGCCCCCACCCCCCCCGAGAUCGCUCCAAUGAUGAGGCCCCAUAAACUUGGGUGAACAUUUUGCCUCUGACCCCAGUGAGAUUCCUGAACCAAAGUCUCCCUGAACAGGGGUUCCGCUAAGUCCUUCUGGACGGCCACCUGAUUCUUUCCAUUUGUCUCUGGGUUUUAGACAAAUCCUAAAUGAAGGCAGUGCACGCUGGAGACUUAAAGAACUUUCAAACUGGCGUUUUAACUGAAGUGGUUAAUUUAUUUCAACAGUGUGUUUUUCAAAAAGAGCUUUUGUAAAUCGUAACACUUCCCAUCUUCAUAGUCUUAGUACAUAUAUGAGCGCUUUGAGUGUGUUUGUGUCGAAGGAAACAAUUGAGGAAGGAAGUACUUGGUGAGAAGUGUUUUAGAAAACAACCUGUCUUGGAUAUUGCGCCUGAUAUAAGUGGGCCUUUGUAUAUUCACACAGGAGGCUGAGGCCGCACGCAUGCAGCACAGGAUGAGCUGCCAGGAAGGUUCUAAGCCCUUUAUUUUUAAAAGGGCUUUAUAAAGUCAUUGUCAAAUAAGCAUAUUAGCUGACAAGGAAAAAGUUACUGAAAUGAAUUACUUCACACUUUUUUUUUUUUUUGCAUUCUUAAAACUGAAAAUUUGUAUUUGGGAUUCUAGUGAAGGUUUCUAAUUUGCUAAGGGAAGGCCUGAGCCAGCAUUGGGGUUUUGCAAAGGGGUACCUCCUUGGGGUACCAGCUUCGUGUUCUCUGUAGCAUGCACACUUGUUGCUACCCUCACUCUGUAAUCCACUUACUUGCCUUAUAAAUGUGACUGCAGCUUUGAACACUCUGUGCUAUAAUGAUUGCUAAGGAAAAGAAAUCCUUCUGUUUUCUCUUUAACAUUGAAAAUAUCUCAAUACACAUGGAUAAUUAAACACUAAUAAUACCAUGACUGCAUACCUGAUAUUAGCUGCUAUUGCAUGCUCCUAGAUGCUAGAACUUACUGGGCAUGUGGUAUACUAAAGCAGUACCUAAUAGGAGACAAGGACAUAUGACUUCUUCCAGACACCAGAAGAAAUGACUGCCAUUAUUUGAAAAGGGACAGAGGUACCUCUGGCUACUUAGAAUUCUUGUUUCGACGGAUUUAUGAGAGCAGUUCCCAGCUGGGACUUCAUCUCAUAAAUGGGACCACAGUCAAAGUGGAACAGCACGAUGGUUUGGCUCUGCAAAGCCAUCGUUACUGUGUUAGGGCUUAAAUGAACCAUACGUUAGAAUGCAGCACUGUUUUUUAUGUAGUUCGCAUAGAUUACUGUAAUACUUAACCAUGUGCCGUGUCUGUUGAAGGAGGUAUAAUAAGCUGUUACAUAAUGAACAGUCCGGAAGGGGAUCUGCUCUGGACUGUGUUAUCUGUGAGUUUUCACUUUCUCUUCAACUUCAUACCUUUAUUUGGGAAUAUUUGAAACGCAAAAUCAUGUGAAAGCAUCUCAUAAUAUAAAAAUGGGAAGAAAAUCGCUUUAAUAUUUAUAUCAGUGCUACGACUGCUAAUUACAUCCAACCUGGGGUCAAAUAUUUUCAACUGACUGCAUAAUUUAGGAGCGAAAAUAGCACUCUUGGACAUUUUAAGUAAGAAUAUAAGCAAUACCUCUGAGUUUGAGUAAUCAUUGGGGUUGCAGGAGAUUUUGAUAUUUUCAAUAGUAAAAUGAAAGAAAUAUGUCAUCACCAAUAACAGAGCAGCAGUCAUCUUAUUAAUCUCUCCCUUCUGUGCAUGUACCAUUUUUCUCUUAUUAAGGUUUCACCUGUUACCAUUUUCCUGGGCUCAAAUAUUCAAUUAAAGUUCACAC